AUGCUCAAAUAUGCUCGCAUAUUAGACGCUAGACGCUCUACGCUGGAGAGCAUCUAUGUUAUCACCGAUGCAGAGGCGGCCUGGACUAUUUGGUGUCAAGAGGAAAGAUUGAAUAGACUCACGUACGCAUGGGUCGUCCUAGAUCAAGAAAUCAACCUCUUCUACGAUAAUCCGCUUGACCUAGAUGUCAAUGAGCUCAACUCUUACCUCCCAACCAGCGAGAAACUCUGGACAGCUACCUCUGCGGAGACGUGGUUGGCCACCUAUUUGGAACUUCUUAAGACAAACGAAGCACAGACCGGAAGCCAGGAACACGGCACGUCACUUGCAAUGCUAUUCAAGAGAUUCAUUAAUGGUGAACUCUCUCGCGCUGAGGACAUCUCACAGCUUGAGCUACGACUUCUACUUCAUCCUAUCCAAGCUCUCAUCUAUCAUUUGUACAAGAGCUUCUCUCACUGCUUCAGCAGCAACAGCCAACGACAUCUCCAACGCUUUUUGACCCAAGUGGAAGAAGUCCAAUAUCUGCUCAAGCAAUGGGGUGCUGUAAUAUGGUUCUAUAUCACUUAA